AUUUGCAAAAAAGUCUUUAAUCCUUGAUUUUAAUACUAGUCUAUUAAUUUAAUCCUCUUCUUUUGUUGACUCAACCUCUGGAAGGUGCCGUAAGUUUCCGGAUUCAUUGUGGGCACUACGUGCGUGCUUACAGUUUUUAUGCAUGUAUUGGUGGAUGGCAGGUUCUACCGGCGUGCGGCAGCGGAGCGCGGCCCAGGGGGGCAUACUUACUACGUGAUUAAUCCGCGCCCCCUACCCCCGCCCCCCCGGGCGGCAGGCGGUGGGCCGCGGCCGGGCGCUCCGUACUCGCGCCGGGUUUCCUCGUCCCCGCGCCUCACGGCCACUCACUACGCACGGGGCUCCGCGUAGUGCCACUGCCAGUCGCGCUGCGACCUGCGCCGACGUCGCACAUCGUUCGCGUAUUUCUGAUCGUCACAUCGACCCGUCAUAUCAUUCAUGCAGAUCUCUGCCCGUUGAUUUACCUGCUGUGACCGCAGCGAGAAGACGCGCGACCCGCGAGUGACAAACAAAAGCGGCCGUCGCAUCCGUGCACUUUUCCUUCGGUAUUUGAACGCACGGAACCAGUUAAGAGUGAACGAUAGACUUUUCCUCGGAUGAGACCUCCGGCUUACCGCCGUUGUAGUGAUCCACGGCCUGCGAUGCUGCGCCCGUGACCGUCUCAAGACAAUACCACGAAACGUCAUCAGAUGAUUUCGGCGAGCUUGCCCGGCGAGGCGCUCGCCCAGCUGCAGCUCGGGCAGCUGAGCCAUCAACUGUACCCUCCGCCGUCGGGCGGCAUGACUCCAGAGUUCCUGGCGCCUCCUCCGCGCCCGUACGCGCGCUACCCCACGCGCCGCCCCGCACCCCGGGAGCCCAUGCCCGCACCCCCGCCGCCCAGCGCGCCAUUCCCAACCGUACCGGCAUACACACCCUUUCUACCGCACCAUGCUUCCUAUGCGUAUUUGUACCGAUCGAGGGCGCAGCAGUCUCCGAACUACCAACACCGUCCGUAUUCAUCCGGUUUCGUGCCGCCAUCGCCCGCGCCGGCACCGCAGUCACCGCCGGUUUCUGCGCCCGCCCCCGCACCACCUCCGCGAGAGGAAUCACCCAGAUCUCCAGAGCGCGCCGUUCCCGCUCCAUAUUUCUGUCGAGGUGCGCUGAUUCGACUUGAGGAUGGUUCGCUGAGGCGUGUCGAGGAGAUGCGCACGGAAGACUUUGUUAUGAGUGCAGAUCGUAUUGGUGAACUGGCACUCACGCAGUGUACCGUCCUGAGGCUAGACGAGCGGGGCGACAAACUAGCACUUACGCUUACAUACGGAAGGAAUCGCUCUCAGGUGGAGUUAGAGUCGACCGUGGAACAUCCGUUCUUCGUGUACGGUCGGGGAUGGGCGUCAUAUAAACCUGAGCGUACGUUGGCACAAUACGGCCUGCGUGUACAUCGGCUUCAGAUAGGAGAUGUGUUCGUGUCAUUGGCCCCGAGAAAACAUGCGUCACCCGCGCCUCCCGCCCCCAGCUCUAUGCCACCGUCGGCACCUCCACAGACACAUCCAGAGAACCUUAGUGUCAAAGAGGAUGCCCGUAAAAGACGCUGGUCAGCCUCCGAUGUAUGCGAAGAAGACCAUCCACCCCUCAAAAAACGUUGAGUCAACGGGCCAUACGUCAAAUGUCCGAAACGUGUGGACUAUAAUUAAAUGUGUUGUGAUCGCCUUCGUUGCAGUUUCCAGCUGUUUUCCAACUGUUUUCAUUAUAUCAACUGAAUUCUUGUGGACGGUACGUCACUAGUAAUUCAGUUGGUGAUCAAGCCGUAGCGGACUGCAGGUGUUCCGGCCCCAGUGAGUCGGGUUGCGUAAAUUUUGACCAUCGUUCUUGUUCAUUAUAAUUUGCGCAGUUUCUGCAGCGAUCGGCCGACCACUAUGGUACGCUUAUUCUAUUCGGGAAUUCUAGGUGCUUUUUACUGUCGGGUGCUUCUGUACGCGUUUGUGUACGACGUUGUAAAUAUGUAAGUAACUUAGGUCAAACUUAAAUGUUACACUCCAUGACUAAUUAAUUCACUGUCACAAAAGUACCGUUGGUUAUCCGCGCGUGAUUUGAUUGAAAACCUCUAUUAUUCUGCAUUACUAAACUAAAAAGGUUUUCGUUAAAAAAGUUAUAAUAAAGAUUCAAGUCUCAACUAUGUAUGAAUUAAGUCGGAUUUUUUUAAUGAGCACAAAAACAAUAAAAAAUAGGUUUCGAAACUUAAAUUAGGGUAGAAAUUGUGAUAACCAAUGAGAUUUCAAGAGGGCAGAGCGAACGUCUGUGUGCAUGACAUACAUGGCGUCGCAUUUUUAAGACAUAAAGGUACAAUGAAUGUUAGGUCGUAUGUUUUAGCAGUUUAGGGCUGACGUGUGCUUAUCUCCGAUUUGCGAUUUCCGUGUUUAGUUUUUCCAAGCAGUCAUGUCAAGGCUCCGUUUUUCUCCGAAGGUUGUGACUGCAAACAUAUCUGUGGUGAUUUCAUAGCGCGCCUAUAAUUUCUCUCACGCGUUAGAAUAGUGUGUAUCAGACUCUUUCCAUUGUAAUUCAUUAAACGAAGGUUGCAGAUUCUCUUGACAAAUAAUUGAAACGUAUUUUAUAAAUGUUGAUAUAAUGAUAGGUACAUAAUAUGUAUAUUGUAAAAAUUUGAUAUGUAUAGUGAUCAUGGUUAUUUAGAUGUCAUCUUUAUUGCUUUUGACGUCCAUGUGUGAUACACAUAAAACUUUUCUAUGAGAAGAUGUAUACAUAAUAAACACACAGUCUGUGAUAUUUUGUAGUUAUUGGUCGGAGUGGGUAUGAAGUAUUGCUUGAUUAAAAGGAAUAUAUGUUUUUAGGAAUAUAAGAACGUUAUUGGUAAGAAAUUGUAUAGUUGUUGUAUACUCAAACAAAAUGAAUACGCUAAAAAAAUAGUAAAAGAUAAAUUAAAAAAAGUAGCGUCUGUGAUUAAUAUACAUAUAACGUUAUGUUACAUAACGACAAACGCAUGGCCAUAUCAAAAUCAUAUUAAUUUUAUAUAAAUCAUUAAGUUCGACAUAUUGUAUUAUUUGUUUCUCGAACUGCAAUAACUAUGCUAAAACAAAACGUAACGAAAAUUAUAUUUGGAUAUCGCGAAUUCCAAACGCUCACGAUUACUGUACGAGCUUAUAAUGAAAUAGUAAUUUUCAGUUACAGUAUAUAUUUUGGCAACAAAUCUGGUUGCACGGUCUUCCGCGAUGUAUUACCGACGAACACCGAGAUAUGUUACACGAUGAGAACUUGCCAAAAAUAUUUAGUUAGCCGACUAAGCGACUGAACUCAACAGUGUGGAACAUACGGUUGUAUUUUAGAAGGGUUGUUUUCAUUGUACCGUUAAACGCUACAUGCUUAUUAUAAAUAAUUCAUUAUUUUAACCGUCGACAACAGAACGCAUAGUGCGAACACCAAUCGCACGAACGAUCUUUGGUGUUGUAAAAAAAUUUAUUAACGAUUCGUUGUAUAUUGUAUGUAAAUCUAGUUUAAUCGUCUUUAUAUUAUAUUAAUAUUUGUAAUUGUAAUGAAAGAUCUCAUUUUAUUAAUCGGUAUUUUCUAACAAGGCGCUUUCAUUAGAUCAUGACUAAGCCUACCUCACAAAUUAAGACUAGUGCAUCGCCGCGGACGCGCGCGAGCCGGUCGCUAUAAAGUCUAAACAAGAUCUCAAUUUGAUGAAAAUGAACUUUUAAAAAGACUGGGACGCUUUACUGAAUGUUGUGGGAUAGUAGUUUCUUUGAGGAUAUUACUUAAAUUAUGAGAUAAGGAGCAUUUAUUUUGGGGGGCGCGAGCUCGUUUCGUGGUUAUCUUGCAAGGCUCCGCUUUCGACAUAUUCAAUGAACCAAUUUAGUACAAAAUUCGUUAAAAAAAAAACAAAAGUAUUAUUACCCAAAAUUUUUAAUUCCGAAAGUAUUAAUUUUAAUUCGAUGAAAGUACUAUUUUAUUCUUGUUUUACGUGUUCUGUUCAGGCACAAUCAUGCUCGAUAUAACUAAACGAAAUUUUGAAAGUCGCGGCUAGUGUUGAUCAUAAAACUGCCUUCGCCUCUACGUAGGUACAUUUAGUCGAUAAAACUCAUAAACGAAAGGAUGUAUGAGCAGAAUGUUUCAAUAACUCUUCGUUCACACAUUUAUUAUUAGUGAUGACAAUUUCCUUCCCUGACCGAAUAUUUCGGGAAUUAAAAAAAAAACGAUACGACCGGCAUUUAAAACAGACUUGAGUAACUAUAAAAUUCGUCAUAUACGUAAACCAGAGGCUGACGUAAUUUCAAUAAAUGAAUUUAAAACACUUGUAUAGAAUCAAUUUCCGUGACAACACAAUUCACUGAACGUUUGUUAUGAAUGAAUUUGUUUUAUGCAAAUCGUCGAAUACUUCAUGAUAACAAAAUGUAGCGUUGCUUGUUAAAAUCAAUACAGAGUCGUAGUCAGUUAACGUUUUAACAAAAAAAAUUAUCCAUUUAAUUAAUCAUAUUUAAUUCUGUCGCUCUAAAACAUUUAGGGUCGAUUCAACCAAACAAGAGUAAAUCUUAUUCUUAGAAUAACUCGUCAGUUAAUCGAGAGUAAAUCAAUUUUACGUUUUACCAACUACAAUUCUAAGAAUAGUGGGCCUAUUCGGGAAUUGUUACUAUACCGCCGUUUCGCACGGAAUAACGGAGCUAUUCCUAGAAUAAAUUAAUGGCGUCUGUCAGUCCAACAUCUGAUUUCUGUCAUUUCAUAAAUAUUUAUUCUGUUUUAAUUUCAAGUCAACGCAAUGCACUAAAUGAUUAUUAAUAGUCUGAAUGCAACGUUUAAACGAAAAAAGAUAAAACCACACGACAAAACUUGACAAUUCCCUCAAACAAACAAGAAAUAAAAAUAAUACGUUUGACAGCUGGAUAUCUUACACAACAGCUACUUUUUCACACUAAAAUACGGCAAAAUCGAGUUGACGAUUUGUAUGCUCUUACACUAUUAUUAUUAUUAUUAUUAAUGCUUUAUUUCAGUUAUUUUUUUUUUUUUUAAAACCAUAACAUUUUGUUAGUAAUAAUUACUUAUAAUCUAUGUUAGUAACUUAAAAAUCUAACACAUAACUAUCAUUAUAUUAUACAUUUUAUACCAUUAUAUAUUAUUAUUUUUCUCCUUCCAAGUGCCUACUGCAAAGGCUAUUGAUCAGCAGUCCCUCGAUCUUGCUCGAUAUGAUUCUCAAAAGACUGUUGUCACUGUCACGAACUCGACGCAAUAACGAUGCACUUCUCUUCCGCAUUAUUGCAAAGAAGUCAUCGGUGUGAGAUGUCGCAAACAUUGUGGAUGCACUACAAAAGCGCGGCAGUGACAACAUCAUCCUAAACGCAUUAUUAUAUUGGACACGUAGGGCAUUGUAAGCUCUCCGCGUGUAUGUGGUCCACAGACUACUGGCGUAAAAAUUCUGGCAAUAAGCUUUAAAAAUUGUAAGUUUGACAUAGCUAUCGCAACCAGUAAAUCUGCGGGCCAGCAUGUUGCAUCUUACUAUCAACGCCCUACGCUCCCUAUCUAUAUCAAAAUCAAUCACUAUGCCGUUGAACAACAACAUUUAUUUGCCGGAUUUUAUUUUUGUUCACCAUUCACUCUGCUAUUCGCGUAUUGUUAUUCCUAGCGCAAGUAUACGUGGAAAAACGACUAUGAAUUUACUCGAGAUUAAAAUCAUGGAAUAGGUUAUUCCUCGUAUAGUUACUCGAGUUUAAAUUUAAGUUUGGUCGAAUCCGCCCUUAGUCAAACAAAACAAUAUGUAACUAAUCACCAUAAUCAACAUCUGACUACGACCCUGAUUCAUUAUGAUUGCGUGAAUCACUUAAGUGUUGAAAGCGUAGUGACAAAAUUGUUUAUACGUAUUAAGAGAUUCGUGAAUUAUUUGAUGUUGCCAAUUUUAGGUACGGCCAGUAAUGGUUUCAUAGUCCGUAAUGUUAGUUUAAAUACCGCUCACUAACAACUCAGAGGUGUUGCAAAGAGGACAGACAACAUAACGAAUACAACAAAACAUGAUAAUUUAAUAAAUUCACAAGUACCGUGCGUACAAGUUAAAUAAGGUUUAUUAUUGUAACCAAACACAAAUCAAAGCACACUUUAUGAUGAUUUUCGUCAAAUUUACAAAGUCAGUUUUAUUUGCAACGCCUAGUUUGACACAAAAAUGAUUGUGCCAUUCUGAAAAGGACGUGUCCAUAAGGCGUUCCGCAAAGUUCCAUGAAUUUUAAAAACCUCACAGAUGAAAAUCUUCAAAACUUUCGAAUGCCUAUGGAUGUGCCCUUAUAUUCCAUUUGUUUGUGGUAAGAAAAAAUAAUCUUCUUGCCAUGAACGAUAUUGUUAUAUUACAUAUUGGGAACAGUAGUAGAUAUAUAUUUAGAUAAAUAUAAUAAUUGUUAAAAUGUUUAUAAAGUAAUAAUGCACUGUUUCCAGCAUGUAGAGAUCGGAUAUAAUUGUGUCAUUAAAUUUUAAAUAAAUAUAUGAAAUGUUAUAAAUACAGUAAAUACAAAAGGAUUAUAUAUUUUAUUGUAUAGCGGAAUGAGUACUAUUACAGAUUUAUUGUAAAUGGACGGAAGUGUUAUAGAUCGAGAAUAUGUUAAUGAAUAAGUGAAAUGUUUGUAAAAAGAAGAGAAAAAUAUGUAUUACUGAUUAUUUGAUAA